AUGGGUACCUGCUCUGGAAAAAGACCUUAAAAUAGUUUAGCUUCAAAGAACCAGCAGAACUAAUCAGACCAAGGAAAUACUACUACUUAAAAAUAUCAAUUGAAUGAUGGUAUGUAUCUAAAUUGAAAAAAGUAUAACCAGACAUCGGACAUCUAAUAAUAACAAGUGAGAAAUUAGGAAGGAUAACAAGGGAUUAUACGCUCUUAAAUCCUCCUUUGGGAAGUGGUAUAAAUAAUGUUAUUGAUUAUAAUUCAAGGAGCCUAUGGAGAGGUGCGUAAAGCUAUUCAUAAAAGUACGAAUCUAUUGAAGGCUGUUAAAAUAAUACAUAAAUCUUAAACUAGCAAAGAGGAAUAAGAAAGGUUAAUGAAUGAAGUUAAGAUGCUGUAGAAAUUAGUAUCAAUAAUAUUUAUAUCUAAUAGGAUCAUCCAAACAUCAUUAAAAUAUUCGAAUUUUAUUAAGAUGAAAGAUUUUUCUAUAUAGUAACAGAGUUGUGUACAGGAGGAGAACUAUUCGAUAAAAUUAGAGCAGAGGGGAGUUUUUCUGAAAAGAAAGCUUCUGAAAUAAUGAAACAAAUAUUAUCGGCAGUUCAUUAUUGUCAUGAUGAAAAGAUUGUUCAUAGGUAUUAAAAUGAAUAUUGUAAAAAGAGACUUAAAACCUGAGAAUCUAUUGUAUGAAUCAGAAAAAGAAAAUUCUUUACUUAAAAUUAUUGAUUUUGGUACUUCUAAAGAGUUUGUACCAAAUUAAAAAUUGAAUUAGAAAUUAGGAACUCCAUAUUAUAUAGCACCUGAAGUAUUGAAAAAGAAAUAUGAUGAAAAAUGUGAUUUAUGGUCUUGUGGUGUAAUUUUAUACAUACUUUUAUGUGGGUAACAUAUGUAGAAUAAAUUAUUAAGUUAUCCUCCAUUUGAUGGAAAAACUGAAGAUAAAAUAAUGGAGAAAGUUUCAAAAGGAGUUUAUUCAUUUGAUUCUUAAGAAUGGGAAGAUGUGUCUAAGGAAGCCAAAGAUUUCAUUAGAAAACUAUUAUAAUUGGAUCCAAGUAGUUCAGUUUUAUAGAUUCUUAGGCAAAAGGUUGAGUGCUCAUUAAGCGUUAUCUGAUCCUUGGAUUAAAAAGUUUAGUAAUCCUCUUGAAUUCGAUAAACCAUUAAUGACAAAAGUAUUAACAAAUAUGAAGAAAUUCACAGCAUAAUAAAAAUUAUAAGAAGCUGUUUUUAAAUUUAUUGUGAAUUAAUUAGCAACUAAAGAGGAGAAAGCAGAAUUAUUAAAAACAUUUUAAUGUCUUGAUACUAAUUAAGAUGGUAAAUUAAGCAAAGAGGAAUUAUUGGCAGGAUAUUCUAAGAUUAUGAAACCAGUUGAAGCAGCAGAAGAAGUUAAUCGUAUAUUUUAAUAAGUUGAUAAAAAUAAUUCUGGUUCUAUAGAUUAUACUGGUACUUAUGUUUAUAAUAUAUAUAUGAAUAGAGUUUGUUAUAGCCACUAUAGAUAGAUAAUAAUUAUUAUCUAAAUAGAGAUUGUAGAUGACAUUUAGAAUGUUUGAUAAAGUAAAAUAUUAUAUAAUAUAGGAUAAAAGUGGUUUGAUUAGUGUAGAUGAAUUAAAGGAAAUAUUUAGUGGUAUCUCUGAAGAUAUGUGGAAAUAAGUGGUUCAAGAAUUUGAUUCCAAUUCUGAUGGACAAAUCUCAUUAGAUGAAUUUUUUAGCAUGAUGAAAAAAAUAGAAUGA